AUGAUAUCUGCAAGCAGCACACGGAAAUUGGCAUCUGGCCACUCAAUGCCUGUGAUCGGAUACGGGACAUACGAAACAACCCCCGAGAUCACCUCCUCCGUCGUCUCCCAAGCCCUCGCAUCCGGCUACAACCUCAUCGACACCGCCGCCUUCUACGCCAACGAACGCAGCUGCGGCCACGCCAUCACGCACUCCACCACCCCCCGCUCCCAAAUCUUCCUAACAACCAAACUCGCCCCCAACAAAAUGGGCCGCGACGCCGCCGCCGCCGCCAUAAACGCCUCCCUCCACGAACUAGGCCUGGAAUACAUCGACCUCUACCUCAUCCACGCGCCGUUCGGGAACCCGGAAACGAGAAACGGAAGCUGGGAAGCCCUCGCGCAAGCGGUGGUUGAGGGGAAGGUAAGGAGUAUUGGGGUGAGUAAUUAUGGGGUGCGGCAUUUGGAGGAGUUGGAGAGAUUUCGAGAGACGUUACCAGAAAAGUUGAGGAGCGUUCCCAUCUCUGUUGCGCAGUACGAGCUGCAUCCUUGGAUGGGCAGAGGGGAGAUUGUGAAGUACGCCGCUGAACAUAACAUCGUUCUGCAGGCGUUUGGGCCGGUGGUUGUUGGCAAGAAGGCUGAGGACUCGACCCUCAAAGCCAUUGCAGCUAAACACGGCAAGACGUGGGCGCAGGUUUUGGUGAGGUGGAGUUUGCAGAAGGGGUUUACGCCGUUGCCGAAGAGUGUUACGGAGGAGAGGAUUCGGGAGAAUGUGGAUGUGUUUGAUUUUGAGCUCGAUGGGGAGGAUUUGGAGAGGUUGGAGUUUCCGGGGGCGUAUGAGUUGAAUAGGGGGCAUUGGGAUCCUGUUAGUUGGGGGUUUGAGGGGCCGGGGUCGAAGCCAUAG